AUGUCCAUUCGCUUAUUAUCUCCCUUCAAAGUACCCAUCUCAAAACGGCUCUUUUCAGCAUGCUCAAUUUUAUCCCAAUUAAAUGGUUCCAAUGCCAAGCUCUCCUCCCACCAGGCUCAAAUAAAACUCGCAAGGUCUAAAUUUACCCCACAGGAACUAGAACUAGCUCGGGUCACUAGAGAAGCGAAAUUGGGGUGGCUCAAGAAUCUCCCUGAAAAAUGGAUACCAUACUUUGAACUUAUGAGAUUGGAGAAACCUGUUGGAACUUGGUUGUUGUUAAUACCUUGUUAUUGGGGAAUAACCAUGGCCGCGUAUUCCAUAGCCGCUCCUUUGACAACAACACUUGGAGCUAUUGGAUUAUUCUCAGCUGGUGCACUUAUAAUGAGAGGUGCUGGAUGUACCAUCAAUGAUAUAUGCGAUAGAAAUUUAGAUAAUCAGGUUGCAAGAACCAUGGAGAGGCCAAUUACAAGCGGAAGAGUGACAGUUCCACAAGCAGUUGCAUGGCUUGGUGUUCAAUGUUUUGCUGGAUUGGCUGUUUUAUUGAGCUUACCUUGGGAAUGCUUUUACCUAGGAGCAUUUUCAUUGCCAUUUGUUUUUGCUUAUCCUUUGUUCAAAAGAUUCACCUAUUACCCGCAAGCAAUGCUCUCAAUCUGUUUCAGUUGGGGAUGUCUUUUGGGGUUUCCUGCGGUUGGCGCUCCUUUGAAUUUAUGGGUGGCUGUACCAUUAUUUAUUUCCAAUUGGAUUUGGUGUUUGAUCUAUGAUACGAUCUAUGCUCACCAAGACAAAAAGUACGACAUCAAAGCUGGAAUCAAGUCAACCGCGUUGGCAUGGGGAGACAAGACUAAACCAAUACUUAAAGGAUUGACAGUUGCACAAGCUGGAUUCUAUACUAUGGCAGGAGUCAUGAAUUCUAUGGGUCCGGGAUUUUACAUUGCUGGAGCUGUGGCCAUCACCAGGUUGUAUAAACAGAUAAUUAAUGUCAACCUUGAUGAUGAAAAAAGUUGCUGGAGUGCCUUUUCAUCAAACAUUCAAACUGGAUUUAUUUUUUGGUAUGGUAUCUUAUUCGAUUAUAUUUUGCUUCUAUUAGGCUUUCUAUGA